UCAUUCAGCAUGCACGAAACUCUUCUCGGCGAUGCGAAUCGCGAAAGGCUGCAUGCGAUCCAACCUCAACCUGCACAGGCCAAGGAUUUCAAUCUACAAGAUGCCUCGUCCAGAUUAUGUGAUGCAGUUGCUCCCGAGGCACUUCGUGAUAUCGGCAUAGAGCUAUUCCGCCAUCUCGACGCUCUGUUGGCCAGCCGUGCAAAUAAAGAUGAAGAGAACCCGCCCAGCGAGCCUGCGCAGGCCUCUUCCUCAAUUUCAGCUGAACAGCUUUCCUACGCCCGAAGCCUCAUUGUCCCCGUGGCCGAAAAGCUACUCAACCUCUCCAAGGAUGGCAUGAACAACGACGCACCAGCCGUCGACUACACCACUCGCUCCCUAGCAGCCGAGGUCGGCCUCGCCCUCCUCACCCUCAUCUCUCUCCUCCCCACCCCAUCAUCACCCCCCCUCCCCAUCGACGACGCAGCCCUGAUCCACGUCGUCACAUACACCGACGAUAAAGACCCCUGGACAACCACACAAUCCUCCCGUCUCGCAAUUCGCCUGCUGGAAGCAAGCCUCACUGAUGACGACAGACGGGAUACCUUCAUCAUUCAGUCCCUCCUCAACGACACCCUCCGUCCCCAGUUCGCCAAAUCCUCCUCCACCAGGUUAACUCCCUCAGGCCGGCCUCUGCAAGUCCCUCACCAGCCUGGAAGCAGCAGACAGCCCGGCACACAGCUCGACUCCCUCUCCCAAGAGCACGAAAAGCUCCAUGCCGCAUCAAGCUUCAAAUGGGCCGUCACAUCAUGCAGUCGAACCGCAACAGGCCGCCACUGGCCUCUAUUUCUCCCCAUUCUCCUCUCCCUAGCUGAGGACAUCAACACAGCAGUGAGGCUCAAAGGCCUCAGUAUUCUUCUCCUCUUCCUCGACAAAUGCCCUCCCAAAACAAUACUCUCCGCCGGCGUCGACAAUGUCAUUCAGGACGCCGUCUUCCCCACACUGCUUUUCCUGCCCGACACAACACCCGAGAGCGAAUCCUUACAGCUCUUGUAUCCUGCAUACCAGGUCCUCCUUCGUGUAGCCCAGCUGGAUCCAGACCCAAAGAGCGUACGAAGGCGGCGGUUCCUCGACAAGCUCCUGCGAGACGGCGUCUUCACGGGCCACUUUCACGCCUCACAGCAUGUUCGCAUUGUUCAAGUUCUCAUGAACGUCAUAAAGGAUAUAGUCUCCUGCCUGGGCCUCUUCUCUGCAAAGCACCUUCAGGUAAAAAAGCACCGUCACGUUGAUACAUCUCACACAACUGCAUUCAGUGUGCUAACCAAGAAUUCCUCGCGCAGAACCUCCUCCGCUUGUUCUCGACUACGCUAUCAGACCCCUUCGUCACGGAAUACCCGCCGCUCGUCUGUGCAACUGCCGAAGCGCUGA